AUGAAUCCAAUGAAUCCACAACAUCGCGGUCCAACACAAACUCUUCCAUACCAACGAUCGGGAACUUUCAGAUUAGCAAUUGAUUCUCUGACAACUGUGCGACAGCUUGACUAUGACAGGGACACGUUACGCCAGUUGGCCUCAAAUAUACGGCGCUUGAACGCUGCCAAUACUGUCUAUAGCAGCGGAAAUUGCAAUGAAACUUCAUCUGAAAUCGACGACGAAUACGAUGACCUUUACGAUGACCUUAAUGAUGAUGACAGCAAAGGCGACGAUGAUUCCAAUCAGGUGGAGAGGGUGAAACGUAUUGUGGAUGCAGCCAGGGAGAUUAUCGAAGAUUACUGCGAUUAG